UUUCCUCCAUAUCAUUUGCAAUCUGAAGUUGUUGUACUUGCGCCAUUUUUUCUUCGUCGUGUGAUGUAAAAGGAAGAUGGAAGGUUAUGUCGCGUCUUGCUGGGAAUCUCGCGCGAUAAAUAGUUCACGGUAGUUUUCGUUUUUGACGUAUUAUUGAAUUGCGCGUGAAAUUAAUUAGUAGCAAUGAACGCGAAGGAAAAUUCUACGGCGCCGACGAAGAACGCGAGCGCGCCGAACGCGAAGCCCUACGGCAAGAUUGUAUUGACGUUGCAGAAUUGCCUUCUGCCCGAAGAGAAGCUUAACUCCACUCCGUCGCACCUGGACGGUCUCGAUGCGGAAACCGAGACGGAUUUGCGUAUACUCGGAUGCGAACUUAUACAGACGGCUGGUAUCCUGCUAAAGUUACCGCAGGUUGCAAUGGCUACGGGACAAGUAAUAUUUCAACGAUUUUAUUAUAGCAAAUCUUUAGUUAGGCAUAAUAUGGAGACAACUGCAAUGGGUUGUAUAUGUUUGGCUAGCAAAAUCGAGGAAGCACCUAGGCGUAUCAGGGAUGUCAUCAAUGUUUUUAAUCACGUAAAACAAGUUUCUAGCCAAAAAGCGAUACAACCUGUGAUUCUCGAUCAGAAUUAUGUAGCACUGAAGAAUCAGGUAAUUAAAUCGGAGAGAAGAGUAUUGAAGGAAUUAGGUUUCUGUGUUCAUGUAAAACAUCCUCACAAGAUCAUAGUUAUGUAUUUACAAGUAUUGGGAUAUGAGAAGAACCGUUCACUGAUGCAACAGAGUUGGAAUUACAUGAACGACUCGUUACGCUCUGAUGUUUUCUUGCGCUAUCAGCCGGAGACUGUGGCAUGCGCGUGUGUUUAUCUCGCCGCUCGUCAACUGCAAUUACCACUGCCCACAUCACCCUCUUGGUUUUCGUUAUUUAAAGUCAGCGAGUCAUCAAUCAGAGAUGUGUGUCGGCGGAUAUUGCGCCUUUAUUCGCGACCGCGUGUGAGACCCGAACAGCUAGAGAAGCGUGUCGAGGAGCUGCGACGUCAGUACGAAGAAGCUAGGACCAAGGCGCGUGGUGGAGAUGUCGAUGGGCACACACCGAGUCCACCGCUACCGAAACAUCAUAACGCUUGGGGUGGAUUCAUCAGCCGCAGCGGUACUCACGCCGCUCCCGAAAGAACGAAAUCACCCAGGCGUUCGAAAUCCCCAAGUACUUCCCCAUCACGAGGCGAAGGGACAAAACAUUCCAACAAACGAAAAAGACACAGCAGAAGUAGAUCCCGAAGUCACAGUCAUAGUAGAUCUAGCAAACCUAAAAAGACGCAGCGAAGACGAUCAGGCAGCCAUAAAUCAUCCCGAAGAUCGCGAAGUUACAGAUCACGAAGUAGAUCUCGAGAUAGGGAUUUGGAGAAAUCGAGCAAACAUCGCAGUAAGCGCAGACGGCACUGAACGUGGAUUGAUAAAUAGAAAUUUUGUAUUAUUCUACAAAAUAUUUCAAGAAUAAGGUGGUACACAAUUGUAAUGAACUUGUAAUAUAGAAAAACUUUGUAUAGGCCUCAA